AUGUCUCGACCACUGGCAGCGACAAACGCCGCCUACCGGCACAUGAGCCGCACAGCCGGGCCGUUUGCCCUGUCGGCGACGCUGCGGCCAUUAUCCACCCGCAGGCAAUCGACGUGUUCGUCGGCGUCUGUGCAAGUCGACGUCUGCGUCCACGGUCCUGGACAUAUCCAAGGCCGCGUGCGACUGCAGUGGCAGCAGACGCAGCUGCACUGCCGGCGGCUAUCUACGUCUCCGCGCAGGCAUGAUGGCAGCCGAAGACACGGCUCGUCUGGACAGCAGCAGCCCCCGCCUCCCCCUCCCCCACCCCCACCACGUGGCCGUGUCCCCAUUUUCCGGUUGCUGCUGCAGGCGCUCGGCGGCAGCCUCCGCAGCCUGUUCAUGCCGUUCCAGGGCGCGACUCUGCGGACGCUGUACCGAUCGAACCCGGAAGAGCUGGUGCUCGCGCUGGCCGUGCUCGUUGCGAGCGCGUUUGUCAUUGCGUACGUGGCGCGCAUUUACUUUAGUUAUUUCAACUCCAAGCAGUUUACGCGCUACCCGCCGGAGGUGGCCAAGUGCCUGCGGCGGGCGCUGUACUUUAGCAACUACGCGCCGGACCCGAAGCGGGCAUUGAAAAACUACCGGCAAGCACUCGAGGCGUGCGACGAGCUGGGGCUGGACCCGUUUUCGGAAGACGUGCUGGGCAUCCGGAUCCAGCUGGCGUCGUGGCUGGAGCGGAUUCAGAGCUACGACGCGUCCAUCAAGAUCCUGGAGCUGCUGCUCGCGGACUGCCGGCGGUGGGUGGACCUCAUGGAGAAAGACGAGAAGGAUGGUAAAGCAGGCCAGGGCACCGUCGGUACGCUCUCGCCCCGCCUACCGCCGCCGCUGCUGACGGGCAAGUCGGCCAAAGAGGCCGAAGACAGCGGCGUGGACAUGACAGCCGCCACCGAAACCGUCUGGGGCCGGCGCUCGCGGAUCCUGCGCAAGGCCAUCGGCGUCAGCGUCAAGCUGGGCGAGCUGUACGCCGACGAGCACGUGCUCAUCGCGGACAAGGCGCACGAGCGGCUCGUGUGGGCCGUCGACACGGCCCUCCAGGAGUUCCAGCGGCGCGCCACGGCGGGCACCAAGGACGGCGAGGGUAAGUGGAUGAGCCCCGUGGAGAUGGGCGCGGCGCUCGAGUCGCUGGGCCACAGCUACGAGUCGCGGUCGCAGUUUCACCUGGCGCUGCCGCUCUUCUUCCAGGCGCUGCGCGUGUGCAGCGACCCGUGUCACAGCGCCGUCAUUAUGAACAACCUGGCCGUGUCGUUUGCGCAGCACCCCGUCCAGCCGCCCUACGAAACACUGGUGGGCUCCGUCGUCGAGACACCGGCCGUCGGCAAGGAAAUCACGCAGCAAGAAGCGCAGCGCGCAUACUACGAGACAGCGCAGCGGUGGGCGACCAACGCACACCAGCACGCGACGGACACGUCUGGCGAUGCGCGCACGCCUGAGUGCGAUGAAGCAUGCGUGGUGGCGCUGUGCAACCUGGGCGAUAUUGCGGCGCUGCUUGGCGACGCGCGGGAAGCGACAAAGCGGUUCAGCGAGGCCAAGGCUAUGAGCGAGACGAUGGCGUUUGCGCCCGGCGUGCAGCAGGCCGUGGCCGGGCUGGCACGGCUGCAAAGUAGACUGGGCUGA